UGAUGUCCGGCAUCAUCUUCAUCCUCAGCUUCUUCCAAUCCGAGUCUCCCCGAUAUCUCGUCAAGGAAGGCCGCCCUGACGAAGCCGCCCGUGUGCUGGGCCGUCUCCGACAGCAGCCCGCUGACGGAGAAUACAUUGUUCACCAGAUCACUGAGAUCCAGGCUGCUCUUGACCACGAGCUCGAGGCCACCAAGGGUGUUGGCUUCCUCGGCAAGGUUAAGGAGCUUAUCCUUGUCCCCAGCAACUUGUACCGUCUCUACAUGUCCUCUAUGGUUCAGUUCCUCUCUCAGUGGUCCGGCGCUGGUUCCAUCACCCUCUAUGCUCCCGACCUGUUCAAGAUCAUGGGCAUUGUCGGAAAGCAGGAGGGUCUUCUCGUCACCGCUGUCUUUGGUAUUGUCAAGCUCAUUGCCGCUGUUAUCUGCGCUCUCUUCCUCGUCGAUGUCAUCGGCCGAAAGCGCGCUCUUCUCAUCGGUAUCACUCUCCAGACCAUUGCCAUGAUCUACGUCGCUGCUUUCCUCACCAAGAUCCCCCAGCUCGGUGUCGUCGAGGACUUUGUUCUCCCCGAGAGCGACAAGGGUGCUUCUCGCGGCGCCAUCGCCAUGAUCUACGUCUCUGGUUUCGGUUGGGCUCUCGGCUGGAACUCUAUGCAGUACCUCCUUACUGCCGAGUUGUUCCCUCUGCGCAUUCGUGCCCUCGCUACAUCAUGGGCUAUGACUCUCCACUUCGCCAACCAGUAUGGAAACUCCCGCGCUGUGCCUAACAUGCUUCUGUCUGUUUCUGAGGGUGGCAUUUCCCCCAAGGGAACUUUCUGGUGCUUUGCCGCUGUUACUUUCGUCGGUGGUGUCUGGGUCUGGUUCUCCGUUCCUGAGACCAGUGGACGAAGCCUUGAGAGCAUGGAUGAGCUCUUUGAGCUUCCCUGGUACAAGAUCGGUCUUCACGGUAACAAGAACGCCGAGGAGCUUGACCAGGCUCGUGAUGAGAAGCAGCGAUAUGCUGAGGAGAGCCACGCCACUGGUAUUGAGCUUGAGCACCAGCGAAAGCAGGAAGCUUAAAUGAAUUGGACAUGAAAUAUGAAAUGGUUUAGCUGUGUCAUAAAUGGCACUUAUAUAUAGUCAUGAAAUCUAUGAAGCAUUUUGAGUAUCGUGUUACUCACUCUUACA